CAGAGAUCUGAGCUAGGAGCAGAAGGUCCUUCCGCAGAUAUCUCUUCAGCAGCACGGUGUGGAAGAUGGACAGAGCAGCCUCUGUAACGAUCCUCAUCCUCCUUCUGUGUGCCAUUGCUGCACAGGGUGUUCCGAUCCCAGGAGCACAAGGACGGUGCCAGUGUGUUCAGAUCAGCUCUGAUGUCAUUCGUCCGAAGUUCAUCCAGAGCUUGAAAUAUAUUCCCAGAGGAUCUCACUGUGAGCAAGCAGAGAUAAUUGUCACCCUGAAAAAUAAGAAGAAAGUGUGUGUGGAUCCUGAUGCCAAGUGGUUGCAGGUUCUCAUCACAGCCAAGAAAGGUGGUAAACAACACAAUUCAAAAAAUGAAGCUGCAAAAUGAGGGAAUCACUUCCAUCCUGAAUUAUCUGAUGGGGAAUAAAGGAAGCUCAGCACUGUGUGUUAACUCUGUGAUAUCACCCUUCAAUAGUUCAUUCCAGUGUCUCCUCUUCAUGGUCUUCUGAUAAUGAUCUUGGUGUUCCUCUCUGUCACGGGACAUGUUUACAUCCUGCCAUGCUAUCUCUUGACAUUCAGAAAGCAACUGAUGUUUGUGUUAAGGUUUGUACCAAGUUCCAAGUUCCUUUCAAUGUCUGUUGUUGAUCCUGGACUUGUGAACUCUAUGGAAAAGACUAAAUGAGCUGGAUGUCAAUCAUUAAAAUGUAAGAUUAGCUAUGAGAGUAGGAGAUGAUAGUAGUUUUAGAAUACCUUAGUUCAUUAAUUUCCAUGGACGUAUUGUUCAAAAGGAACUCGGUCCACAAGGGAAGCCAGUGAUGGGGUGGUGGACUGUGCUCUCUGCCAUCCCUGAAAUAAAGGCUGGAGGACCUCAGAUAAAAUUCACACCUUGUUCACAGUUCCUCUGCCUGCCCUCCGCCUUUUCUGUCUUUUCAAGCCCAUGAACUUUACCAGAAAUGAGAAAGGAUAAAUCAGCCUAUGUACAUGGAAGAAUUCUUUUUGGUUAUUUCAUUAAAAUAAUCUGAGUUACAAUGGUCAAGAUAUAGAUAAUUAAGUAAAACCAUUUCUCCUUUCUCCUGAAUGUAUUGUGUGAUGUAACAUUGUCUCAAUGAUUUCCAGAGCAACAUUUGCACAGUAACCUUUCCUGUUGAAACCUUGUUCAUAGUCUGUGAUAUACUGUUGGCAAUACUGUGGACCAAAUGUGUUCGAGUUUGAAUGAAACAUUCUGUAAUCAAAAUACAAGUAACAUUGGUGCUAUUUUACAGCAAUGCCUAUAUUUUAACUGGAGCUGUGGAGUUUUCUCUGUAAAGUGUCAGAUUUUAGGAUCUAUCCAAAGUCUGUGGAAGCAAAUCCUUUGCAGAUGUAAUUUUUAUGUAAAAUACCUGCAUCUUAGAAGGUAGUGCUGCUAAUGGUCUGACAAUCACUGAAGGAAAUGAAACUUGUAAAUAGGAACAAUGUCUACAUGCUGAUAGAAAUCCUUUGCCCUGAAUGAACUUCACUGACCGGUUCAGUUGACCAACCACCUCGUCUGGCCGGUUGAUGUAUGUGAAUGAAUUUGUUGAGCAUUCCUCAAAAGAACUUUAGAAAGUAAAAUAAAUUG